UUGAAUGGUAGGGUGUGGGCAGGCCACAACAUCCGAAGAUUCGAUUGCAUUCGGAUUAAGGAGGCCUUUGCGGAGAUUGGCAGGCCUGCUCCUAUUCCGGUUGGGAUGAUUGAUUCUUUAGGGGUGUUAACUGACAAGUUUGGCAGAAGAGCUGGUAAUAUGAAGAUGGCAACUUUGGCAUCUUACUUCAAGCUUGGGCAGCAAAAGCACAGGAGCCUUGAAGACGUUAGAAUGAACUUGGAGGUCCUCAAGAACUGCGCAACUGUGCUAUUUUUGGAAGCAAGCCUCCCUAGCCUGCUAAAUGGCAACUGCCGUGGCUCUUCAACGAUCACAACGCGAAGCAGAAGCAAUGGGAAAUCGUUAUGCAGAGAAGAAACUAGCCGGAAGUCUCCACCCACUGCUUCGAUUGGAUAUCAGAGAGCGGUUCCAUAUGCGUCAAGGGGGAGUUUGGAAAAGAUGACAUCGAAGGUAAAGAAUCUGCUGUGUAGAGCUCAAGGAAAUCAGCCUCUUAAUUCCAUAUUGAAGCAUUCUCAUUCCCUACUCCGGUGACAAAGCAAAGGACGUCCAUUUUUCAUGCAGCUGAGCAGAUGAUCUCUUCUCCCUCCUUCUAUCCUAUUGAGAAACCAUGACAGAGAGAGAACACAAAUUUACAACUGCCUGCAGUGAAAAUUAGAGAGAGGAGAUUAAAGAAAAACAAACAAUAGCAACAACUUGAACUAGUUAUUAUCC